GGGGGGGGAAUUCCCGGUGACUUGUAGAAUAAUACAGGCUGCUCCUGGACAGUCGCCUGCAGAAACGGGGAGUCUCUUGAACUGAGCGGAGCGGAGCUGGAGCCCACACAGGAAGACGCUGUCGAUCGCUCGGGUGCUGCCGAAGGGUGUGAUCCUCAAUCAAGUCCUGCAAGAGCCAGAAUGCCACAAACCAGGAUGCGCAUGAGACCUUGGCUGGAACAGCAGAUUAAUUCAGAUAAAAUUCCUGGGCUUUGUUGGCUCAAUAAGAAAGAUAAAAUAUUUCAGAUCCCUUGGAAACAUGCAGCUAAGCAUGGGUGGGAACUGGAAAAAGAUGCCUGCCUGUUCAAAAAUUGGGCUGUUCAUACUGGGAGAUACAAAGAAGGUGAUGUAGAACCUGAUCCAAAAACAUGGAAGGCAAAUUUCCGAUGUGCCAUGAAUUCUUUGCCUGACAUUCAAGAAGUGAAGGAUCAAAGCAUUAGCAAAGGACCCAGUGCUGUUCGAGUUUAUAAGAUGCUGAAUCCCCCAGUAAAAGCAGAGAAAAAAGAAAAAAAGUCAAAGUCUCCAAAAAGCAAGAGCCCAAGAAAGUCAGUGGACGAUAUUAAGGAAGAGACAGUCGAAGCAACAAACAGCAUUCAGUUGCAUGAUGACCACAGUGGCUAUGUGCUUCCUAGCUAUGCAGCAGAGGACAUGGAAGUGGGGAGCACAUUUGGUCUUCCCUGUGACCUGAACAAUGGUGCCUGCCCAUUGGAUAUUCAGGCCCCUGACAGCACAAACAACAUAUACAGACUUCAGGUUUCACCCGCUUCUUCUUCUUCUGAAGUAACUGAUGAAGAGGAGGAUAUUCCACUGUAUGAUAUCUUCAACAGCUCUGAGUGGCAACAAAACAGCAUUGGUGGAAAAGGGUUCCUGUUAAAUGAAGCUGGAAUCGGAAAAGGGUUCCUGUUAAGUGAAACUGGAAUGCAGAAUCUCUCCCUGGACUUUAAUUUGCAAGAGCAAGAUACUGCCUUUGAGAUACCAAAGCUAGAACUAAUUUCAUAUGAGUCAAAAUCCAGUGCAGAUUGCACUUUGUUGGACAUUCGAACACACAUUGUACCCUCUAUAUCCUGUGGCAUUUAAACCUAUUUGUCACUAGGCUUGUAUUGUUUUAUUUUGAAUCAGUUCUACAUGUUUAAAAUGGAAAGGUGCAAGCACUGUGUGUACAGUAUAUAUGUAUGUAUCUUUGUGAAUGAAACUGUAGGUUUAUGCGUAACUUGCCUCAUGAGCCAAUUAAGGCUUGUUUGCUGCUUCUUUCACUCUGUUCAUCCAUUAGUAGGAUUAGAUUAUAAAUAAUUUUAAAUAUGGAAAAAAGUAAAGAAACAGAAGCUUUUCACUGUUGGUAAAUUGAUAUAUAUUUAAAGCCCGUCCAGAGUAUAAGCUGAAAAUUAUUAUCUGAGAAAUUAGUGAUGCCCUGGGGGCAGGGAAAAUGAGCCUCCAACCAGAUAUUUCUUGGUUAUAUUUUUCUUAUUCAAAUUUAUCUUGGCCUUUAGUCCUAUCUUAGCAUGUUAAACUGUGAAAAACAGAUAAUGUUUUUUAUAACACAUUCCACUGGUUAUUUUGGACUUGUUUUAUACUAUUGCUAUUUUCUCCAGUAAAAAAAUAUGCUUUGAAGUUGAUAGGCGAAUGUAUGGAUUAUUUGCACUGUGCUUUUCAAGAUGUCAACUGAAUAGGUAUUA